CUUGGACAAAUGUGUCGGCCUUGGCCCUUUUGAAAUCGCCCGAUGACUUCAUGCUCAAGGCCUCAUUCCGAUCCGGUUUCGUGGGCGAAUGAACUGUGGGGGAGUGAGAUGCUGCCGUCAAGUUAAUAACCCACCCUCCCGGGCCGUAUAGGACCCUUAAACCACAACUUCAAUCACCCAUUCAGAGCAUCAACCUGCAUCUCCAAAGACUCUCCUCACUUCACAUAGCCCUCUAGUCCUAAACUUCUUCCUUGUAAAAACAAAACCCAACCACACACAUACAUACAAUGGCCUCCCGAAGCGGGUCCGAGGAGAAGAAGCCGCGUCGGCAGCCACAGACGCAGACUUACGAGUCGGAAGGCGAAGAGUCGGAGGAGUACCAGCCCCAGCCCCAACCUCCUGCGAGGAGGAGACGCAACCAGCGGCAGCAGAGGGGCGGCCAGCAAGGCCCCCUCGACAGCCUCGCCCUGGACAAUGUCACCAACACGGCCGGCGGCCUGGUCAACUCGGCGACAGGCGUGCUGGGCGGUGUCGCCGGCAACGCCGUCCAGGACCAGGGGGGUAAGGGCAAGAGCGACACCCUCCGGCUCAGGCUGGACCUCAACCUCGACGUCGAAAUCACGCUCAAGGCAAAGAUCCACGGUGAUCUGGAGCUUGCUCUCUUAGAAACCUGAGCAGGCGAUACUCAGCUCUCUGGGGAUGCGCGCCGUUCUUUUUUUUAGGGGGAGAGGCUGGGG